GUCUCAAAUGCGGAAGUUUGCGUUCGGAGGCCAAAAUGGCGGUUUACAGGGGCCUGUUACAGAGCUUAACGGUGAACUGUGUUUUCAUGUCUUUUUCCGCACUGCUCCUGUUUCCGUACUUGUGCCAUUCGAUUACACAUGAAGCUGUAAACUCCUUGCUUCAAAGUACUCCACAAGAUGGUAAUGGGGACCACUCUGCAUCAAGUAAAGGUUUACAACUGUCAAGUCAAACUGGGAACAAUUCUUCUCAAACAUUACUGGAGAAACACAGUGAUGUGACUACCACCAGGACCACCACAAUCGCCACCUCAACAAAACCUCCAACCAAAAGAACGACACUAGCUCUACCCACAAGGUCUUCAUCAGCUCUGGCAACUGUCAGUCCACCUGCCAAAACAACAAAAGCAGCAUUGCAGAGAGCUGCCAAACCCACUAAAAGCCUCAGCAUUGAAAGGCAGGAACCAGUGCCGCUUGAUUAUGAUGACUCCACCCAAAACCCAUUGGUCACGGACCCAGAUGUGGAGACAGAGAGCUAUUCCUAUGACCAGGACCUGCAGAAUGAGCUAGGGAAGGAUGUCCUAGAUGAGGAUGAAAGCAUGGAUGGGAAGGGAGAAGUGCAGUUUAUGGAGGAGAUGGACAAGGACCUGGCUGCCCUCAGUCAGGCAGAGAAUGUGAACAAGAUUGCUGUCAUGAAGGCGACCACCAUCUACAAGGCUGAGGAUGAGGACACUCACUUUUUCUUUCACCUUGUUAUUAUAGCUUUUCUGGUUGUCAUCAUCUACAUUACCUACCACAACAAGAGAAAGAUCCUCCUCUUGGCCCAGAGCAGACGCUGGAGGGACAGCCUCUGCUCCCACAGUGUGGAGUACCGCCGACUGGACCAGAACGUCAAUGAAGCCAUGCCCUCACUCAAGAUGACCAACGACUACAUUUUCUAAACCUGGAGAACAGAGAUCCUCAGAAUGCUGUUUUCUGCAUGGGAGAUUUGUUCAUAAGGUGAUCACAGCUGUUAUUCAGGCUUAAAAUUUAUGCUGUUACUGAAAUCUUUGGUGUAAUUAACCCAGGGAAGGGGCUAUUUAGUUGUUUUUUUUUUUCCAGUGUCCACAUCUGCUCACGUCUUUAAAUGUCUUCAAAUUGAUGUUGCACUGUCCAGUCUGAGAAUAUAUGUAAGUGUGUAUGUCUGGAUCUUCUAAGACUUUUUGAGUUGGGUAACUUCCUUCUCUUGUUAAUGUAUUCACUAGUGAAAACAUGUUGACUAUUUUCAAAUACUCAGGCACAGAAGUUGCACAAAUUGGAAAAAUGAGGAAUCUAAAAAAGAAAUGUCAUGUUUUCAAAGAAAAGGGGAUGUUUUCCCUGUUUUUGACCUUUCUCCAUUAUGGCUUUGGGCUUUCCUGAGUGGUCUGAGCACCCUGUAGGGUCCUGUAUAGUACCAAAAAAACUUUAGGCUUAUUUGAAGAUUUCUGAACACAUGAGUAUGAUGCUGUUAAUAUAAAAAUGCUGUGAAAUAAAAAAUGGCAUUUAACACUACAAGCAGGAAAUGUGUAAGUUAGUUCACUUUAAAAGAUUAUGCUACCGGGAGAAGACAGCUGGACAUGUGAAAUUUUCACUGCUUGACUGAAUAUAUUUCAUCAGGUUUUUUUUUUUUUUUUGGUCAUUUACAAUGGUAAAGCUAUCACUACACAGGUUCCAUGCAUAUCUAAUUAACCUUUUCAGUCUGCAAAAGUUGCUUAGUCUUUAUUGCACACCUCUGUAAACAAAGGUUGUGUUCUUUACAAGAUAUCUUAGGAAUAAACUAUUCUGUGUUGUAGCUCACUGGGUGUGAAGUCCUGUUUUACUGAAAAGGUGUUUAACCCACCCUAGUCCAGGUAGAACUUUGGCACAGCAAUUAAUGACAAAUAAAAUUAAUUCUAAAAACGCCACCUUUAUUUUCAGAAACAUUCUGAGAUUGGAAGUUAGACUUUUGUAUCGUGGUCUAAUCCUUACUGCUGCAUGAGCACAUUAGUUUUCUUAAUUAUGCCAGUAAAGCAUUAAGACUCAAAAACAGGCAACAAGGAAGGGGUUGUGCCCCAAGUUGCUCUUUGUAAGAGUGGAGCUACACAGAUAUUAACACAGAUCCACAUAGAAUUUCCCCACUUUUUCACACAAUAUUUGUGUGUAUAUAUUCAAAAUCAAUCUUUAUUUGGAAGAGGAAUUUUAAAUGGUGGUUUGUACAUUAACUAAAAAGUCUGCGAACCUUGUGCACGGCAAAAGGAUUGUCAGUUUUUCACUGGUAACUGUUUUUAUUAGGCAGUGUUUUAGUGUUAACUUGGAUGACAAACGUAUUCCUCAAUUGAGGAAGAUGUCCUAAAUGUUCAACAUUGUAAACAUUUUGUUCUGCAGCCUGGUAGAAUUACUGUGUGUGAGAUUUGAUUUUGAUUUUGAUCUGUCUACUCUGUAAAAGCAAAUGAGUUUUGGCAAAUGUAAAACCCAGUAAGACAUAAGCAGAAAAGGUCACUAUCCUUGUUGAAGGUCGAAAAUGAAAUAUCCACAGUCCUUUGGUUCUUUCUGUUAACUGAACAUUUCUCUGUAAAUGGGUUGGAGAUUUGUCACAGAUUUCUGUAAAUACUACACACAAUAUUUUCAGCAUGGUAAGGCAGUCAUGCAUGAAAACUUUUUUUAAAUAAAACACAAUUCAAC